CAAUAGUCGAUCAUCGAGAGAGCUGCCAUUUGUGAUCAAAAGAAAACUCGAAGCCAGGCAAAAGUAGUAAAUCACCGAUCGAUGUUAUGCAUCAACGAUGAGAGCGGGGAGCUAAGCUAAUGCUAACUCGUUAACCUAGCAUGAUUUGAUGGAGGUCAAUGGGGAGUGGACAACUACGAUGGAGCGGAAACGGCAAGCAGCGGUGUAAUUUCAGUGUCAUUCUGAUUUGUAUUCACCCAUCAUCAACGUGCCAUAGUAAAGACAAAGGAGAACAGCACGACAUGCAGUCAUGAAGCGGGUUCGCACUGAGCAGAUCCAGUAUGCAGUGGCUCAGUACCUGAAAAGGAGGCAGUAUGUGGACACCGAUGGCUCCCUAAAAGGAGCCAAACUCUUCCAGUCAGCUGAGGAGAUGGCUGCCAGCCUCACGGUGCAGACAGAGUCGGGGUGUCCCAACAUCGUCUCUGCUGCACCCUGCCAGGCCGAACCUCUCAGAAUACUUUUUAUUUCCCCUACAUUAGAAACAGAAAUAUCCUUGGCAAAGGAAGUGCGCAGCAUCCUCUACCCGCUCUUCGUCUACCUCCACCUGGACAUGGUGCACUGUGGCCUCAAGGGGGCAGUCGAUGGUUUCUACAGUCGUUUCCAUGGUGCCUUUCUUCAGGACAGCGAGCAGCGUGCCACCAUAGAGCAGCUCCGCCAUGUUCUCACUGCUCAGGAUGUUGCAGCCAAUCCCAAGCUGAGUGCUUUCUUGGAGCACAAGUACGUGGUUCACCUGACGGAGCCGGCCUACAGCUACCUGCUGCGCUACCUGCAGAGCGAGGACAACAGCACCCUCUGCAGGGUCCUCAGCACACACCUGCAGGUGGAGGUCACCGCCUCCAGGCGUACAGACUACCAGCUGUAUGGAACCACUAGUGGGGUGUCCACCGCCCCAAACUCCACCUCCUCCUGGGCGGGAGUGGAUUCAGUAGAGGGUGGAGAGGGGGUGGAGGUCCCUGCAGGGAUCCCACAGAGUGAGGUGGCCCUGGAGGCACUGCAGGACUGCAUCAAGAAAGUCCGCGAGGGCCCCCCCUCGCUCACCACUGUGUGUUUUUACGCCUUCCACCACACGGAGCAGAUGCUGAACACUGCUGAGGUGUCGGCUGACAGCCGGCUGCUCGCUGCCGGCUUUGACAGCUCCACGGUGAAGCUGUGGAGCCUGCGAGCCAGAAAACUGAAGGCCAAACCGCAUCAGGCCGACGUGUCUCGCAUCCACCUGGCAUGUGAUGUCCUGGAGGAGGAAGUGGAUGAGGAGGACGGCUCCGGCAGUGAGAUAAAGACGCUGCGAGGUCACAGCGGCCCGGUGUUUCGCACCUCCUUCCUCACCGACAGCUCUGGCCUGCUCUCCUGCUCUGAGGACACGACCGUCCGCUACUGGGACCUGGGCAGCUUCACCAACACGGCGCUCUACCAGGGCCACGCCUACCCGGUGUGGGAUGUGGACGUCAGCCCGUGCAGCCUUUACUUUGCCAGUGGCUCCCACGACCGCACUGCCCGACUCUGGACGUUCUCCCGCACCUACCCGCUGCGGCUGUACGCCGGGCAUCUGGCCGAUGUUGACUGUGUGAAAUUCCAUCCAAACUCCAACUACCUGGCCACUGGCUCCACAGACAAGACUGUCCGGCUGUGGGCCACCCAGCAGGGGGCGUCUGUUCGCCUCUUCACUGGCCACCGCGGCCCUGUGCAGUCGCUCGCUUUCUCACCUAAUGGGAAGUACCUGGCAUCCGCUGGCGAGGACCAGCGGGUGAAGCUGUGGGACUUGGCGUCAGGGACCUUGUACAAAGACCUGCGGGGACACACAGACAGCAUCACUAGCCUGUCCUUCAGCCCGGACAGCAGCCUGGUGGCAUCAUCGUCUAUGGACAACUCGGUGCGGAUGUGGGACAUCCGCAACUCACAUGGCGGGACGCCGGCUGAUGGUUCGUCCAGCGAGCUGGUGGGACUGUACACUGGAAACACCAACAGCGUGCUGAAUGUCCAGUUCAUGGCCUGCAACUUGCUGCUGGUGACAGGAAGUGCACAGGAGAAAGUAGAACACUAGGCACGGCCGUCGGGUUUCUGCCUGGGAGAAAAGCUGGAAUGUCUCCGGGUGUUUGAAGAUGUGGUCGCCAGUCAGACUCUGCUGGUCUGUCACCACCUGCCCAGGAGAAGGACUUUGGUUUCAUCAUUAGUGCUCGGUGUAGAAAAGAAGCAAAGCUAAUUACAUUUUUUUUUGUAAAGCAGCAAGUCUCAUUCUUUACAACAAAAGCUGCUGAGUGACCAUGUGAAA